AUGGACGACGACUACGAGGAGACGCUGCUGAUCAUCAACGAAUGCUUUGUCUAUAAGAUUCCUCCGCGCAGCAGUGCCGAGGGCUACCGAGCGAAGGACUGGAACAUCGAGACCUUCAUCUGGAGCGGUCGCCUCGUCAUCAAGGCGCAGGGCGAGAUGUGCGUCAUUCGUCUCGAGGAUCCCAACACCGGCGCCCUGUUCGGACUGUGCCCCGUCAACACGACCGGUCCCCAGGCCGUCGAAGCCGUGCUCGACUCCUCCCGCUACUUCGUCCUCAGGAUCGAAGAUGGACGGGGGCAUCACGCCUUCAUCGGCAUGGGGUUCACAGAGCGUUCGGAGGCCUUCGACUUCAACGUAGCGCUUCAGGACCACGCCAAGGAGGUGAAGCGAAAGAAGGAGAUGAAGCACGCACAGGACAGACUCGCCCAGGAGCCCGCCCUCGACUUCAGUCUCAAGGAGGGGCAGACCAUCACCGUCAACAUCAAAACGCCCAAGAAAGCAGCGCCGACACAGGACAGGACACCUGUUCUCACCGGCGGCGGCUUCAGCACCCCCUUCCUUCCGCCCCCACCAGGCGCGAAGAAGAAGACGCCUGCCGCCCCCACUGCUCGCGCGGCUGCCAAGCCCAACGAAUGGGGCUUUUGA